AUAAAUGGCACGGAUAUUCACAUCUCGAUUCAUUAAACAUGAAACAUUAUAGAGUAAACCACUCCAAAAAUAGAAUAGAAAGAGGAACCGGAGUAUAUACAAACAAUAUCGAAGGGUUAUGGAAUGGA